CGGCGAUCUCCUCCUCCUCCUCCUACUUCCGCACAGGGGUUCGAGUGGGGGCCUGAAAUCGCUGAUUUUGUGGCCGGCUUCCUAGAAAGCUACAGAAAGAGGAUAUUUGAGCUGUUGACUUCUGCGUAUACCACAAUCAGCAUUGCAGAUGUGGCUCACUUCAUGGGGAUGAGCCAGGAGGAUGCUACUAACUAUGCGGUGCAAAAUGGUUGGAGUCUGGAUGUGGCAACCAAGAUGCUUACUGUCAGAAAACAGAAGCCCCAGACUAACCAGAAGCUUGAUGCAAGCAAACUGCAGCGUUUGACCGAAUGUGUUUUCCACCUGGAGCACUGAUGCCAUCCGUUCCGCUUUUAAGGCACCUAUUAAUCGUACAUGGUGGUAGCUUAAUACUGCACGGCUAGAUUGUGUUUUGGCUGGAAAGGAGAGAUCGCUCUGUACUGAAUAUGCGUCUUCUGGUUGAGCGAGCUUGCCAUUUCUGUCUCGUUUGCUUGUUAACAAGGAGUGCGUGAAUUGAAGUUAAGCGAGAUAUUACUGUGCCUAUGUUGAACCUAUUAGUUGUUUUAAGUGAUGUGAAGUUUGAAAUUA